AUGACUUCAUCAAAGCAAUUCCGCAGCAGCUCCGAGCGGGCUCCAGACAUCGCCGAGACCUUCUUCGGCAAUGCACACAGCCAGCGCAUUAAUACCGACGCACUCAUCCUCGAAGCCAUCGAGAACAAGCACCCUGGCGUCCCGGUGACAAUUGUCCCAGAGUACAACAGUAGUCUCAAAGCCUAUGCCGGAGCCGGCUUCGCUUCUAUCCAAUCGGUCGAGAGCGCAACUGCAGACACCAAGGUGUGCCCCAACACCUUGAAAUGGACCUUUUUCAUCCCGCCGGCUAGACGUCUCGAUGGCGGCAACGGCAUCAUCGCCGAGGAGACCUUCUUUGAGAGCUUCUUGUAUAAGUGGCAUGGCCUUGAAUUUCUUGUCUACUUCAUCGAUGGGCGCGAUGGCGGGGAGAGUUGGCCCACUGUUCGAAACCAGUAUAUCCUAGGUGACAAGACAGCCGUUCUCACCCUGGUCGAGACGAUUGGGCGGUGGCAAUCAGUGCUUCACAACGAGAUAUGGGUCUUCAACCAGGGCUACUGGCAAAAGGACCCUUACCUGUAUCAGAGCAUUCUCAAAUCGGAGUGGAAGGACGUUAUCCUGGACAAGGGCCUGAAAGACGAUCUAGUAGACACGGUGGAGCGAUUCUUUGAUUCUCAAGAUCACUACCAACGCCUGCGUGUGCCGUGGAAGCGAGGGAUCAUCUUCUACGGCCCCCCAGGGAACGGGAAAACCAUCUCGAUCAAAGCGACGAUGCACACGCUGUACAAACGCUCACCGCCAAUCCCAACCCUCUACGUGAAGACGCUGGUGAGCUUCAUGCCGCCAGAGUACAGCAUCGAGAACGUCUUCGCAAAAGCACGGCAGGAAGCCCCCUGCUACCUGGUAUUUGAAGACCUCGACAGCCUCGUCACCGACGAUGUGCGCAGCUUCUUCCUCAACGCCAUCGACGGCCUGGCCGAGAACGACGGCAUCCUCAUGGUCGGCAGCACCAACCACCUCGAGCGCCUGGACCCGGGCAUCGCGAAGCGGCCCUCGCGCUUCGACAGGAAAUACCUCUUCCCGAACCCGGACCUCCUCCAGCGCGUCAAGUACUGCCACUUCUGGCAGGGAAAGCUGAAAGACAAUAAGGAUAUCGAGUUCCCAGACGAGAUAUGUGAUGCUGCGGCUAAGAUCACGGAUGGGUUCUCCUUUGCUUAUAUCCAGGAAGCUUUCGUCACGGCUCUCUUGGAUAUUGCGAGAUCGUCUGAGAGUGCUGGGAACCGCUUGACUGUCGAUCAUGUCGAAGAGCUGCGCCAGGAUUGGGAACUGCUUGAUAUCGAGGACAGGACUCCCGUUCGGAGUGCUACUGAGAAGGAUCACAAGGACCUGGAUGACUACAUUCUUUGGAAGAAAUUGAAGUACGAGAUCCAGCAAUUGAGGAAACAGCUCGAUGAAGGAAAGGGCGGGGAGUGA